CUCAUCAUCUGGAAAGAAGAAGCAGCCCCCAUGCAAUUAUCAAUCUCCAAAAUUAACGUCUAACGAUCAGCGAAGGCCUCCGGACGCCCCACCAACGACGUCCCAACGAACGACAAAAUAUUCACCACAAUAACGCCGGAAGGACAGUUCACCCAGCAGACGAGUGAGUUAUCCGUGAAUAAAAACAGUUGAAAUGCCAAGUGAGAGUGAAAACAAUGACAAUGAAUUGUCCCAACAAUUGAUGUAUAUUUUCCAGUGUUUUGUCAUGGUCGUCGGGUCGUCAGAGCGCCGCCGUCACUCGCGAUAGUGUUGUAUACGUGUGAUAUUCUAUCUUCAUGCGCCGGAGCUGCAGUAGAUACGGUACAACCGCGCACCGGUUGCCAUAGCAGCCACGCGUGCCGGUCAGCUGAUUGUGUUUGCAAUAGACGCCAGUGUUGUUCAAUUGCAUCAUCAUCGGAAUUUGGGAGUUUGUGGUCAAUAAUCAGUGCCUCGACGAAUUGACGAAAGAACGCGAGCCCUCGAGGACAUGAGGAAAAACGACGGAAUUAACGUGUGCCUGGGAAAUUAACAUUUUUCGUUGUGAAUGUGUGAUUGACCCCCGGGGUAUUUAUCAGAGGUUUUUUUUUUUAUUAUCGUUUAAAGUUCAUCGAUCCUCACACUCAGUCUCUCGGCCAUCCUCCGUCGAUGAAUAUGCACACAAGGCGUUUACGGAGUGACUCGGCAGCGGGGAUAACAGAACAGUUAUGAGGUACAGGAGUUGUGGUAAUUGUGAUAAAUCGGGAGAAUAAUAUUUUAUUCGAUUGUUUUGAUGACGCGAGGGGGGUGAGGUUUGUCGUGUGGACAGUGGAGAGUGCGAAUAUCUGAGAAUUUUUGAAGGCUCCUCGGGGUAGGGGCUCGAUGUGCUCCGCGAAUUUACUGUGAUAAUAAUUUUACGUUCAAUUUGCUGGUUGGUGACAGCUGGUGGAUUAUGAGGUGGGACGUAUUGACGGAAUCCUGAGGAAGGACACAGAGAGCGUCGGGGGAGAGACCGGUGCGGAUGAAAUGAGCUGAGUGGGCCAGUAUUGACGCCAGUAUGCCAACCUGAUGCCAGUAAUCGUCAGUAUAACCGGAUAAAAUAAUUAAAAAAAUAUAGUAAUAAAAACCAAAACAAAUCAAUAAGUAAACGAAUCCCCACGUAAAUUGAAAAUUAUCGAUAAUAAUGCUACCUGCGUUUAAAAGACAACACGUAUAUCUACACCCAGAGGGCAAGUGAUUUAUAAUUGAAUGGUGCGCGUAUACGUUCUCUUGAAUUUAACCGAUCGGACAUUGAACGGCAUUCGUCGUGCGCGCAACCGGAACGAGCGUAUACCACUUGUCGAUUGAUUUUCCCUAACUGUGUCUGCAUUAGUUGGUGAGAAUUUUAUUAAAAAAAAAAAAAAAAAUCAGUGGUGAAGCACUGAUACGGAUAUACAAUACGAACAUUGUGAAAAGUGUACAAGAGGAGUUUAACGGAGGGAAGUGAUAUUCAAGUUAUUGUUUACGAGGAAUAGCCGUUUGGGGGCUAGUUACGCUGACUUACAUCGGGAGCGCCAACCUGCAAUCAAGGUUCAUGGUUUUCAUGGAGGAGAGCGAGCUCUCGAGCAAGCGGUGGGCGUCUGCGCCCCGCCGCCCAGACAGCCCCUGCAUCCUGGGGACACCAACGUCUAGAGAGGCGGCGGGACCGCCGGUUCAACUGGAGCCAGUGGAUCUGUCGGUAAAGACACCGGUGGUACUCCAGGUGCCGCGUUACAGUCCAGCAGCAGCAUUAAUUACCACAACGAGAAGAAUUCCAUCGCCAUCAACAACACCCACACCGCUGUCAAUGCCAAUCUGUCCGUCUACCGUGUCUCCCGCACUGCCCCUCGUCGACGUCGUACGGGGACGAGACCCCGACAGGGACAGGAAGAGGGAGCACAUAUGUGAUAGAGAGUCCCAUCAGUCCGGCCAGGAACGUGAGACUAGAGAUACCCGGGAAAAACACAGGGACAGAGAGCGAGACAGACUGCGGGAACGGGAACGUGACGUAUCGGUCUGUGGAAUUGAACCACCUGAUCCCGUUUUCGUAUCGUCCUCAGCGGCUCUGCUCGCACUGCAGAGGAUAAAAGAGGCCUCGCUGGUAUUUCACAAACGGCCAACGCUGACACCAGGAAUUGGAUUGGGCGGACGUGGUAACAGCGGGGUUACCAGUAACGGUGGUAGUCUUGGCGUUGACGCUGACUGCGGUGAUGCCCUCAAGCGGCGCAAGGUCCACAGGUGCGAUGUCGCCGGAUGUGACAAGGUCUACACCAAGAGUUCGCAUCUCAAGGCGCACAAGAGAACGCACACCGGUGAGAAACCGUACCAGUGCACGUGGGAGGGCUGUACGUGGAAAUUUGCCCGUUCCGACGAGCUAACACGGCAUUAUCGAAAACACACGGGACAAAAACCAUUCAAGUGCCAUUUGUGCCAGAGAUCAUUCUCCAGAAGUGAUCAUCUGUCACUGCAUAUGAAGAGGCACUGACCGUUGGACUAUUUCAUCGCACGGUACAUUGUACAUUUUCAAUACAUCACGAGAGCUCACGCUGGACGAGUUGAUGAUUUACAUUCGGGACCUGAGAAUAAUUUUUUUUCCUUUUUUUUUAAUCUCAAUUUUAUUGAGAAUCUACGAUCAUUAAUAGGUGACAAAUUUUCAAACGGAUCAAUUCAUGUUCACUAGGAUUUUAGGGCUUGCGUAGGUUAUUUACGAUAAGGGGAGUUGCUGGAGAUCGUUGAGUUAACGACUCGAUUAUAUUCAUAUUUAAUUUAUAAAUCAUAUUUAUAUUUUUUUUUUCUCUCUCUCGCGGUUUUUACGUAAGGCCAGCUCAACUAGUCUAGAGCAAUUUUAUCAAUCUUAAUGUUACGGAGGGUAAGAUGAAAUGGAGCCAGUAAAAUGUUUAGUUCUAAGGUUUUCAAUUAAGUAUGAUAAAAAAAUUGUUGUUAAAGAGAAAAAAAAUUAGUAUUCUCCGUUAUCCGGAGCUUGGGACUUAGCAUGCUCAGUUAAAUAAAUAAAACAAAUCGUGAUCGCGUACGUUAAUUGUCACACUGUAUCGGUAUCAAUUGAUCGAUAAUUUCAAGGCGAGACAUUUUUCGUUAGAAAUUAAAUUAAUGAAAAAUAAGAAUUUCGCGUUUAGUGGAAGGACAAUCAUAAACCCCAUUGUUGAAUUCACACCUGAAUUUACCGAAAUUCUGAAAGUAUUACGGAAAUGCAUUAUUUAUUAUUAAAAUAAAGUGCGUCAAGGGCCGUCGACGGUGGGCGUAAGUAUUCUCUCCGAGGCAAUGAAAAAAAAAAAUUCCUCAACGACAAUUGAGGGUCGGUAUUACAUUUUUAAUAAAAAUUUGCGUGAAAGGUGCCAAAGUAAAAAGCGCGCAAAUUCCUCAUUAGGACCAAGAAUCUCCUCAUUGUCUCCAUCCUUUCAUUCACACCAAUCGUUUCACAACAUAACGAAACAAAAUAAAAAAUAUUAAAACAUUAAAAUCAAUUCAACACUGCCCUAGAUCAUUCGCCGGAGAAUGCCCGACAACUUUUACCUUUAAAAUCGCCUAAAUACGCUUUCAGAAUGAUUAAUCGAUCCUACAAUUACUCUCGAUGCUAAAUGAAAUCGGAUUGCUGGUAAUCUCGCUUGAGAGAAUACGAAAAAAAAUAUUCUGAAUGAGGAUGCUUCAACUGCUUCUGCUCAUUAUUUUCGACGCUCUACUCUGCGUUCUAAAAAAACGUAGAUAUAAACGUAAAUGUACAUAGAAAAAAAAAUCUGCGAUAAAGAGAAACGUAAAUCGAGGCGGUAACACUGAGAACUUUCUCUCGUCAAGCACGACAAUACACAAGUAAUAUGUCUGAAGUAUAUAAUAAGUUUUAAUGGUGGUUAGUCGAGACAACAAGACGCAACGAGAUGCCAGUACAUAGCCAGUGUUCCUCUUUCCUUUCAUCUCUUUUUAUUUCUGUUAAUGUAGCAACUGAUGGAUUCACGCGGAAUUAUUGAACGAAUUAAUCAUUGUUAAAAUGUUACAUCUGGUUGGAUAAUGUAACUAGUGCCUUCUCUAAUCGUUGUUACGUGAAUCGUCAGUACGUGGUGAGAAAAUUUUUUUUGUAUCGAAAACUACUAGUGCCUUAUCGAUUAUCAAUUAUGCCAGCACUUUGUGAAUGUGGAAAUGUCCAUUGGUAAAUUGACGGAAUCGUGGGAGUCGUCUGGGUCUUGCGUGAAGCCUUUGAUUUUCAUUCCGAGGCUUUAAAAAUGGCGGCGGGUGCACCUCGCAUUUUUUAACAUUUUCAAAAACAUAUUUAUCCUCUUCAAUGAACUGUCAAUUAAUAACGCAAAUUUUUCCCACAUUGUAAUUAUUUUUUUUCUCUCCCCCCCUGUCGUUUCUGCACUUUUUUUUGUACUGCCUUACGAGGGACCACGAGGGUGCUUUUAGGAGUCGGAAAAAUGGCCUGACAUCCGUCCAAACCUAUCAAGAUACAUUCCAAACCGCGAGGACGCAUUCCAAAAUGAAAAAAAUUGUUGACACGUCUCUCGUUUCGUUCGUAAACUUGGCCUCUGACCUCAUCCAUCCAUUUUCACCGCCUCCAUUCCCCUCAAGGACGUGUGACAUUCCGCUACCACAUGUGUCCCUAGGUCAACGGUUUCAAAAUGACUAGACACGAGUGCAAAAAAAAAAAUUCUGUGAGUAAUGGACGGUGGACGAUGAAGAAUUAGGUUCGCGCAGAAUCAAAGACAGAGCAUUAUAGGUCGUUUCUCAUGGUAAUGUCCCAUUGAAAAUUUUUCCGUAACCGUAGAUGGGUGAUACAUUGAAUGGGUGAGGAAGUGGCUGGAGGAACAAACUAUUGAAUGUGAACGGUUUUUCUUUGAAGGCCCCACCCAAGGAAAUUAGCAUUUCAAGUGCCUUAAGAGACGUUAACCGGCACUCAACUUAUCGAGGUUACGCAGUCAAUUAAAUUAAAAUAUAGAUUAAUGAAAAAUUGUGGGGGAGGGAGGGACAAUUAAUGAUCAUUAGCUCGUGAAUUCGUUGUAGAAUUCCAGCGAGAGGCUGCUUUGGUUUAUUUUUAGCAGUUUAAUAAUUUAUUGUGGGUGAAUAGUGGUGAGAGAGAAGAAAGUUUCUAGUUUUUACAAUGAAAUUGUAAAAAUUAUUAUGAGUAGGGUAAAGUCUCGAUGAAUAACAUUAGGCAAUUCUGUGAGACUCAUUUUUUAAGUGAUAAAAUUAUGGAAUGUCGAGAGUGGAAAUUAUUUUUCUAAUUUCAAUUUUUGAAUUUUAAUUGCAGAUUUGUUUUUGUUGAAAUGAUGUAAGUUAGACUGAGGAUAAAUUGUUUUUCAGAUAUUUAAAAAAUCAGAACAUAAUUUUAAAUGUGUGAUAAUUCAAGGACAAUUGAACGGGUGAUAAAAAUUUACGAAAUUUUUCCUGAGAACUAGAAACAUUUUUUUUUUCGAAAAUACCGUAACGGAUAUAUAGGAUCAGGAGAGGGUCCCCGGGGCAGUGGACGUCCCCCCCGUAUUCUCAAUUACCCCAACUAUUCAACCGACUAAAAUCGAUGCGAUCGAUAAUCCCGUGCCUCCCGGUCAACGCGAAAAAUCGCGAGUCAACGCGGAAAACGCGGCCAGUAAACACAUGUUGAAUGACAGAGCAGAGAGAACAGAACAGACCGACAGGUAUUAAACAGCCACACACACGCCCUUCCCUUUUCCCGCAGCCAGGCACAGCCACUAAAAAGGAACGGACGAUUAAGUUUUAUCAGCCGGUUUAUACCGCGUCGAGAGGGCCCAGAAAUUGUGGAAAUGUGCUUAAGGGGAGACUCCACGGAAAUUUCAAAAUUCCAGGAGCCAUUAUUUAUCGCACUGCUGCAUUUUCCACUUCGAUUUUCAUAUUUCAAAAAUGGGAAAAAAUGAACAGAAAUAAUUCGCUAUUAACCCGUGAAAUUCAUCCCUCGAUCGAUCGAUUUUCACUGAAUAUAUUCGACUAAAAAGACUAAUAAAAUCAAUGAAAUCUUUAAAAUUCAAACGAAAAACCAAAAUACAAUUUUUUCUCAUUUUUCCUCAUUGAAAUAACUCCGAAAACUCCUGGAAAUUUCCUCAGGGUCUCCCCUCAACCCUCUCCAGUCUGUCCAAUUUCCAACGAGUGGCAAACACUAGGGAAUAAGUAACUCAAGUUAUUAGGAAAGAAACGACAAAAAGUAUAGCCCAUGUAAAUAGUCUGUAAAUGUUGAAUAAAAAAAUUGUUUCUUAAGGUAAUAGGGAAAAUAAGAUAAAUCGCACUAAAACGGAAUAUCGUUUGAGCCUACGAAUAAAUUACGUAAUCCGUAAGUUUCACUCUGAUAACCAAUGGGGGCCAGUAAUUAUCUCUUGGAUCUCGCACGGAUUUAUACAUACGCUCUGUGCGGUGCUGUGGUACAGUUUGAGGCGAAAGGGAAAUGCUCAUUAGGAUUCAAUGUACUUUUUUUUUUUCUUCUCUGAUACGUACGUUUUAUUUCUCUCGUAUAUUUCGGGCUGAUGGACGAAUCUUAGUGCCUCGUAGCUCACAUUAUAAUUGUUGUGUGAUUGAAAAAUGUGUGCUCGACGAAUUGUGAUAAAAAACAAAUGAAUAAAGGGAAAAUAAAACAGAUAAAAAAUAAUCUGCAAUAAGGGAGCUGUUGCUACCAGCUCCAACGUUUACAUUAUUUAUAACAAUUUUUAUCACGGACAUGAGAAGCGAUAAAGAAUCGGCUAAAAUUACGGCCGAUUUUGUUUAUUUAUUGCGAUUGUUCUUCACCGUGCAUCGACAAUAAUGAAUUAAUCUCGAAUAAUUGUUACGAAAAAUAAUGAUGAGUGGAAUAAAACAUUUCAAUUUGUCUCAGACUAAUGAUGCAAGUUCCGCACCGCUGCAAACUAUUAAUUAUUAAGGAUAAUUAUUGUAAUACAUAGGGCACGAUAAACGUAGAACAAUGAUAAUAUAUUGACAAUUGAUAGAUUAUAUAUCAUAGACAUUCACUGUAUAAACGAAGGCAUUAUACAUCUAUUAAGGAAUUUUUACACUUGCGAGACUAUCGUUAGGCUUUAUUAUUACUUGCCAGUGGUGGGCCGACAGUGGAUAAUUAUUAACGGCGCUCAGUGGGUAUGUUAAUCGGUAGUUGUUGAAAAUCAAUUGAUAAAUUUGUGAAUGAUAUAAUUGGACGAUUGAGGAGAGUAAUUUUAAUGUACAUUUUUUUCCCGGUUGUAAUGCAUUAUCACUCGUUAUUGUAUAUCGAUGUCUUAUUUGUUCAUUCGUUUUUUUUUUUUCGUAUUGGAGAUAAUUUAUUUAUUGAACUGUCCACCCCCGUGGCAGAGGGGUUUGAACGAGCAUAGUAAAUUAUAUAUUGCACACGAAAUUAUAUAUUUAUAUACAUUACGAUGCAGUUGGAGGGGAGAAAAAAAAAUUGUAUUUGAGGAUAAACGCACAACAUUGUACCAUAGACGGGUGAGAGUCGUGGGGAUGUUUUAUAUUCACUUCGGUGAUGUGAUGUGACAUGACCUUGUGCAUUAAAAAAAAUUUACACUGAUGCAGAAAUAAUCGAUCACACGAUUGAAUUAUCGAUGUAAGCUUAUUGUAAUGAGCAAAUUGUUACGAUGGUGAUUGUUCAACAUUUUUCAUUAUUAGACUACUGUUUAUUAUUCCCCCCCCCCCCUCGCUAUCAUCAAUCAUUAUUUGAAUUAUUUUUAUUAUUAUUACUUCAAUAUUAUUUUUAUCAUUAUUAUUACUGUAUUUGGCAGGGUCAUGAAAGAAAUUAAAGUUUUGAAAAACUUGA